AUGCGAUUGCAUCCACAACAACAUGCCAAGUUGCCACUGAUGACCAAGUGUAAGUGCAUGUCCGGGGAUAUCAGAGAUGCUAAACCUCGAGGAGCUCGAAAUUCUUUAGCGUUUGUCCGAAUCCAAGACCAAAAGAUUGUAAACGUGGUGCCCACAAUAUCAAAACAACACCUCAUAGGACUUAAUAGUAUCCUUAUCGACGAGGAUGGUCUAAAGGGGACUCGCAGGCAUCGAGACGCUCAACCUCGACCGGAUAAGAAGCAUCGACACGAGGUAGAUUUAGUGCUACAUACGAAGCACCUCAACGAUCUCUUCCUCAUGAGUCUCUGUGCCGAGAAGGCAAAAGUUAGGUUGCUGCAAAAAUCGAGCUCUCAAAUUUCGUCGCCCCCAUAUUGUGGUUAUUUACCGAACGGAAACUAG